AUGCGAAGCAAGGCCCCUCGCUUGCGCCCAAGCAGGACGGCCCUCCUGGGGCUGGUCCUGCUUCUGGGCCUGGUAGCCUCGAUCCUGGGCGCCGUAAGGGCGGCCGAUUGUGCGGAGGGAUUCUUCAGCAGCCCGACCGGCUCUUGCCUUCCGUGCAAUGUGUCCUGCUCCACGUGCACCCGGGCCGAGUCUUGCCUUACCUGCCUGCCGGGACUGGUGUUCCUUUCGUCGGACCCAAAUGUGGAGAGCCUCUGCAGCCACACGUGCCUGCCGGGGGACUAUCGCUCGAUCCUCAACCGAUGCCUGCCCUGCGACCCGAGCUGCCGCGACUGCUCCGACAACUACCAGAAGUGCUACAAUUGCUCGGCGAAUCAUGGUUGGGCCGAUACGCAUUUUAUCGGCGGCUCGGGCGAGGUAUCCACCUGUAGCCGGUGCUCGAAGAAUUGCGUCAGCUGCAGCCGGAGCUCCGGAUUCUUUGUCUGCCAUGCAUGCACGGCGGGCUUCGCCCUCGACCCCCUGGGCGAUUGUAUGGCGGUAGAUGAGCCGGGCUUCUGGAAGGAUUCAACAUCACAGCGGUUUCUGUCAUGUGCUCCCACAUGUCGGACAUGUACCGGGCCGUCGGCGAACGAGUGUCUUAGCUGCGUCGGGGACCUGUCGCUGGAACUCCAGCCGGGACGUGCGGUGGGGCACUGUGUGUCCAGCUGCCCGGCGGGCAAGGUGCCGAUUCCCGAGGUGCCGGGCUUGUGUGUAUCGUGCCACUAUUCCUGCGGGCAGUGCUUCGGGCUGGCGCAAGACCAGUGCUGGGCUUGCCAGCCGGGGAGGGUCCUCCUCGGUACCGAGUGUGUGUCCACCUGCCCGGAUGGAUACUACGCGACGGAGGGCCGGUGCGAGCGGUGCCAUGUGUCUUGCGACAGGUGCACGGGUCCGUCGAAUACUCAGUGCCUGGGCCAAUGCUCGGCGGGCUUGCUGUCGUUGGAUGUGCCGACCGGCGGCGGCGGCGGCGGCGGCGGCAGCAGCCGAGCGUGUGUCACCCAGUGCCCGGCCGGAACGACCGUAUGGCCUGAUGGCAGUUGCUCCAGGUGCAGCGCCAAUUGCGCGACUUGCCACUACCUGGAGGGCGCGUCAGCCGCAACGGAUGUCCCAUGCGCCAAGCGCACCCAUCCCUUUCACCUCCCGAGCGGGUGCUAUGAGCGAUGCCCGGCGGGGAGCUAUGCCUCCGGGGAGGACUGCCUGCCAUGUGACUCGACAUGCCGGGAGUGCUCCGGGCCGGGACCCGCCAAGUGCACCAAUUGCUGGCACGACAAUGUCCUGACCAUGGACGGCAAGUGCAUGGGGUCCUGCCCAGGGGGAUACUUUGUCCAAACCCGGGGGCCGCAGGAUUCCGCAGCCUGCCAGCCCUGCUCGGCCAUGUGCAGCAGCUGCCUCCGAGAGGAUUGGUGCAUGGCCUGCCAGGAGGAUGCCUUCCUCGUAAAGGGGUCCUGCCUGGCCGAGGGGUGCCCCCAAGGGUGGACCAUUUGCCCGGAUUCCAAUGAGUGCAUCGCCUGCGACGAAAACUGCCUUCAAUGCGAGGGCCACUCGGACAAUUGGCAGGGAACCUGCCAGCAACGGUGCACCAAGUGCGCCGAGCCGCUGGUGUUCUUCCCGGAGGAGGGUUUGUGCAUCGAGAAGUGCUCGCCGUCGGGCAUUCCGGCGUAUGUGAGGAAGGGCGAGUGUGUCGCUUGUCAGGAGAAUUGCCGCACCUGCCACGAGAAGGUCAGCAUGUGUACCUCCUGUCGGGAUGCCGACCAGUGGCUGAUGGUGGACACGGGCGAGUGCAAGGAUGCCUGUCCGAAUUCGGGCUUCGCCGGUGUUGACAGCAGGAUUAUCGGCGAUCAUGAUACCAGCAAAAUGUGCUUCACCUGUCCGGAGAAUUGCGACAAGUGCAGCGACUGGUCUUGGCAGGACAAUUCGCACUCGAGCGGCUACACCUCGGAAAGCUCGGACAGCUACGAGAGGAGGACCCUGUGCGCGAUUAGCCACGAGGAUGGAUCGCUGAAGUGCCCGUGGCGUUUCGAGUGCGACCGCUGCAAGAGUCCCCUGGUGCUGAUGCCGAAGGAUCGGACAUGCGUGUCCGAAUGUCCGGUCGGCACCUUUGUCGGGUACAGUCCGUAUGAUCCCAAUGCGAGGGCGUGCAUCGACUGCCAACCGGGAUGCCUCGAGUGCACGGGCAAUACCCAUUGGGAAUGUACGCGCUAUGAGAAGAGUGGCGCUUCUCGGAGCCUAGCCAUUGGUCUGGGCGUGGGCCUGGGCAUCUUGGGCCUGCUGAUUGUUGGAGGCCUGGUGGCCGGGUUCCUGGUGCUGCGGGCGCGCAAGUCGGCCGCCUCCAAGGAAUCCAUCUCGAUGAGUGUCAUCCGUGACUGAUUGUGCAAGUGCGCUGAGCGGCGAAUCGGCUGCGCGAGCGGGGCCAUGGACGCAUCCAUGGCCGGACUGACGUGGCUCUUUCUUUGGCGUCUCCUUGCUGCGGAGCCCGCUGCC